AAAACAAAUAUUAAUGAAGUUGUCAACUUCCUUCAAGUUAAGCACAUCUGAAAGAAAAAACAAUGCCACAUGAAGUAUCACAUGUUAAUGCCUUUUGAAUCUUUUUAUAUAGUCCUAUUCCGCACAAAACGAAGAAAGAAGAAGCUAUCAACCUAAAACUAGACAACCAACUAUAUCCACAAUUCCUAAGGUCACCUAUCUACAUGACAAAGAAGACAGAUGAACAUGGUUUUGCUUCUUACCAGAAAUUGUUCAUUUAAUGAUCUCAAAUUAUUAUCAUCUUUUAUUUUCAAACUAGCUUCAUCCACAAAUUUUUAAGGCCCAUACCAACUUGGCCAACAGGCAUCAGCACAUGGCUUUGCCUAAUUUGGUUAGUAACAAAAUCUUCUGCUCCAUCUUGUAUAAAUAAUCCCUCUUUCAUGAGCCUUCUCAUCAUCAACACAAGCAUUAUCAAUUCAGCUAUAAAAGGUCUCUAAAUUUCUUCCAAAAAACAAAAAUGGCAAUGAUAAGUACCAAGAAACUCAUCAAAAUGGCCAGGAGAUGGCAGAAGUCUGCAGCCGUGCAGAGAAAGAGGAUUUCAUUUUCAAGAAAUGACAAUGAUAUAGACAGUUGCAGUACAUGUUUAUCCUCUAUAGUUGAAAAAGGACAUUUUGUAGUAUAUACAGCUGAUCAAGUACGCUUUGUCAUUCCAUUGGCUUACCUUAAAAACGAAGUCAUUAGGCAACUGUUGAACAUGUCCGAAGAAGAAUUUGGGCUUACGAGUGGUGGUCCUAUUACAUUACCCUGUGAUUCAGCCUUCAUGGACUAUAUCAUUUCGCUAAUCAAGAAAGGUAUAGCUUCUGGAGAUCUUCACAAUGCGUUGCUCCUCUCAAUUCCUUCAUGUUGCUGCUCAACUUCUUCUUUCCACCAAGAAAGUGGAACUCAGCAGAUUAUUGUUUAUUAGGUCAUAAUCAACAUUCUUUUUGUACAUGCUACCUCAAAUAUAGUUUUUAGAGAGGAAGAGUACACAAUUGUAA